AUGAAUAUGGCGAUGGUGGGUGGUGGCGGAUGUGACGAUUGUUGGUGCUGGUUAGUUGUAGAGGUGGUGGUGGCGGUGACGGUGGUGCUGGUUGGUGACGGUGGUGGUGGUGGUGGUGGUGCAUGUUUCUCUUCGGCUUCUACUACUUCAGCAUGUUUUUUAGGGUUUAAUCAAGAAGCAUUAAUGGAGAUGAGUGGUACAGACAAAGAGAUAAGAAUGCAGACUUCUUCAUUUCCAUACAACAACCACCAGUUGAUUCAUGAAUCCUCCUCAGAAAUCAUGGAUCAUGGGUCCGACCCAGAUCGGUUUGAUGGGUCUGGAGCUUCAGCUACACCCAUAUCAGUCGGAUCUAGGCUCUUAAAGUCACCUCCACCGCGAUACCGAGAGUGCUUGAAGAACUAUGCGGCCAACAUCGGUGGGAGUAUCACCGACGGAUGCGGUGAGUUCAUGCCUUCAGGUGAUGACGGAACCCUAGAAGCACUUAAAUGUGCUGCUUGCAAUUGCCACCGUAAUUUCCAUCGCAAAGAAACCACCACCGCCGCCGCCGUUACAGCCGGACCUUUUCUCCAGCUCCCUCCUCCAUUACCCUCCCACUCACCAUUGUUCAACAAUCACCAGCGUACGUCAACGUCAACAGUCUCCCUCCACCACAACCCAAACUGGGUAUCUUCCAUCAACGCUCCCCCAGUCAGAAUGGCGGUGGGGGGAAGUGGUGCUGCAACGGAAUCCUCGAGUGAGGAGCUCUAUUUCACGGCGGUGGCGCCGUACGGAGUGGCGAAGAAGAGAUUUAGGUCGAAAUUUACGCAGGAUCAGAAGGAGAAAAUGCUUGAAUUUGCAGAAAAGGUAGGGUGGAGGAUACCAAGGGAAGAUGAUCCAGAGGUGCAAAGAUUUUGCGCAGAGGUUGGAGUUAAACGACAAGUUCUCAAGGUCUGGAUGCAUAAUAAUAAAGCCAUUUCUGGGAAGAAGCAGGUUCCAGAUUCCAAUGAAAACAUUGAUUGA